GCGAUGUCGACGACCACUACGAAAGAGUUGAACCCUCGAACGAGAAGCUAUGAAUUUUUGGGCCCUCCCGGGGCUCUCUUUGUGACUCUGUCUGUGCCAGCCACGACGUAUGCUAUCUACUAUGGAUGCUCGGAAGAAACUGGGGGCUGUCCGCCUCCCAUAGCACUACCUGCCAUUAUCGACGCACUAAGCGACCCGGCAUGGUGGAAGGGGCUCUGGGACACCGAGGCCAUGUCGAUGUACCUCGGUUGGUACGCAUUCUGCGUUGCAGCAUGGUUCAUUUUGCCCGGAGAUUGGGUUGAAGGCGUGCAAAUGCGCAACGGCCAGAAGAAACAGUACAAGGUCAACGCAUUCACAACAUUCCUUCUCGCCUUGGGUCUUACCUUCGGGUACAUCUGGCAAUACGGAAUCGAGUCUUUCACAUUCAUCUACGACAAGUGGAUUGGCCUGGUUACGGCCUCCGUCCUCGUGGCUGUCGUACAGGCCGUGUUGUGCUAUGCUGCCUCGUUCCGUCCUGGUGCUCUGCUCGCCCUCGGAGGUAACAGCGGUAACCCUAUAUACGACUUCUUCAUAGGCAGAGAGCUCAAUCCAUCUAUCGGAAACUUUGACGUCAAAUCGUUCAAUGAGCUUCGCCCCGGUCUGAUCCUGUGGGUGCUGAUCGAUAUCAGUAUGGCGUGUGAACAGGCUGUUCGCCGUGGAGGAGUGCCCACGGAUUCGAUGGCAUUGGUGUUCUUGUUCCACUUCUGGUACGUUGCAGAUUCGCUCUACUAUGAGCCUGCAAUUCUCACCACUAUGGACAUCACCACCGACGGCUUUGGGUUCAUGCUGGCUAUUGGUGACCUCACUUGGGUGCCAUUCGUAUACUCAUUGCAAGCACGCUACCUCGUAUUCAAGCAGAUUGAGCUUGGGCCUGUAUGGACCGCUGCGAUUGUCGCGGUCAAUGUGCUUGGCUACUGGAUCUUCCGUGGCGCGAACGGCGAGAAGAACGACUUCCGCAACGGCAAGAACCCGAAGAAUCUGAAGUACAUCACCACCGCGCGUGGCUCGGCACUGAUCAUUUCCGGAUGGUGGGGGCUCUCUCGCCACCCCAAUUACCUUGGCGACCUCAUCAUGGCUCUUGCGUGGUCGCUCCCGACCGGGUUCGAGACUCCCAUCACAUACUUCUAUGUGAUGUACUUCGCCGUGCUGCUGAUCCACAGACAGAUGCGUGACGAUGAGAACUGCGAGAAAAAGUAUGGGGAAGACUGGCACACGUACACCAAGCUUGUGCCAUAUCGCAUCGUUCCCUAUAUCUAUUGA